AUGAGAGCUGCUGUCGACGCUUUGCCGCUGACCAGCAGUGCCUCACAAUCCCAAUCUGCCGCUCCUACACCGUCCGAAAUGGCUGCCUCGCCGCGGCCCAGCUCCGCCUCGGCCGCUCCCUCCUCCUCUGAGCGUGUCCCGCAGGUCCCCUCUAAUGGAUCCUCUUCCCCUCCAGCCCGCCCGUCAUUGCCGCUCAAUCAGGCGCCUUCGGGACGGCCUUCCCUCUUACGCGCAAGGAGCGACUUUGGGCCUCGCCACCACCGUCGCCUGUCCUCCGAGACCACUGAUGAUGCCAGUAGUACCGCAGAAGGCCACUUCAAGAUCCGGCACGGAUGGGACGACCAGCUGAACUCCGAGGAGUACAACAAUCUCUUGACAUCAAGUUUCUUCAUGUAUUACACAGACAAGAAGCAUGAGAGUGGAGGUAUCCCCAAGGACAAGGACAGCGAGUAUCCACUGCAAGAAUGGCGAAUGCGCGAUCGCCUCAAAACCGUCUCCGCCGUCCUCGCCCUCUGCCUAAACAUUGGGGUUGACCCCCCCGAUGUCAUCAAGACGAGCCCCUGCGCAAAAGAGGAGUGUUGGAUCGAUCCCAGCGUGACGUCCCAGACGCCGGGCCACACACCCAUGAACCAGAUAGGCAAGGCCCUACAGAAUCAAUACGAACAGCUUAGCAUGCGGACUCGCUAUAAACUCCUGCUGGACCCUACCACAGAGGAGACGAGGAAAUACACGUCUACACUGCGACGGAACGCGCGCAACGAGAGGGUGCUCUUCCAUUAUAACGGCCAUGGCGUUCCAAAGCCAACUUCAUCCGGUGAAAUAUGGGUGUUCAAUCGCAACUACACUCAAUACAUUCCCUUAUCUCUCUAUGACCUCCAGAGCUGGAUCGGAGCUCCCAGUUUAUUUGUCUACGACUGUUCGGAUGCCGGUCUCAUUAUCUCCAACUUCAACAAGUUUGCCGAAAAGCACCAAAGUGAAUACGAGGAGGCGCGACGGAGAGAUCCGAGUGUCGAGCACGUUGACUUCAGCGACUGCAUCCAUCUUGCCGCCUGUCGGGAAAAGGAAUCCCUCCCAACGAAUCCAGAUCUUCCCGCCGAUGUCUUCACGUCAUGCCUGACAGAUCCCAUCACCAUGGCUGUCAGGUUCUUCAUACUCCAGAACCCAUUGCCAAGUAAUGUCACCAUCAAAGACGCACACCAUAUUCCAGGCAAGGUUUCGGAGCGACGGACUCCCAUCGGUGAGCUCAACUGGAUUUUUACUGCCAUCACUGAUACCAUUGCCUGGAACUCCCUGUCAAAGCCCCUGUUCAAAAAGCUCUUCAGACAGGACCUCAUGGUCGCAGCCCUUUUUCGCAACUUUUUGUUGGCACAGCGUGUCAUGCGAGUCUACCACUGUCAUCCCGUCUGCCAUCCAGAGAUUCCCCAAACUCAUGAUCAUCCGUUGUGGAAGAGCUGGGACCUUGCCGUAGAAUUGAUUCUAGCGCAACUUCCGGACUUGCAAGCACAGGAUCGUGGCGAAAAGGAAUACGUAUAUAGACAUUCCGAGUUCUUCUCGGAGCAGUUGACUGCCUUCGAGGUUUAUCUUACACAGGGCGCGGUAGAGCAGAAGAUCCCAGAGCAGCUUCCCAUUGUGCUGCAAGUCCUCCUCAGCCAAGUUCAUCGACUGCGGGCUCUGAUUUUGCUUUCCAAGUUCCUGGACCUGGGCCCGUGGGCUGUGAACCUUGCGUUAAGUAUCGGCAUCUUCCCCUAUGUCCUUAAACUUCUCCAGUCUCAGGCAAUUGAAUUGAAGCCCGUCAUGGUUUUCAUCUGGGCUCGCAUUCUCGCGGUGGAUCAGUCUUGCCAAGCCGAUUUGCUCAAAGACAAUGGAUAUCAGUACUUCAUCAACAUACUGAAUCCCAAUUCCGGUGAGCAUUUAACCUGGAAACAAUAUCCUACCACUUGGCUCAUCUAUCUAGGAAUUCCUAUUCUCAAUGCUAGCGAGCAUCGCGCCAUGUGUGCGUUCAUUGUCGCAAUGUUUUGCAAGGACUACAACCAAGGCCAACGUGCUUCACUGAGUACCGAGCUGGUGGACAGCUGUUUGCUUCAUCUGAAGGACUUGCCCAACCCGUUGCUCAGACAAUGGUCGUGUUUAUGCCUGGCGAAAUUAUGGAUCAACUAUGAAGAGGCCAAGUGGGUUGGAAUCCGCUGCCUUGCGCAUGAGAGAAUGUGCGAACUCGUGGUGGACCCAGUGCCCGAGGUCAGAGCUGCCAUGAUAUACGCUCUCACCGCAUUCUUGGGUAUCCGAGAUGUAACUCCACAGGUUGCCUCCAUCGAAGAGUCAAUCGCGGCUAUGAUAUUGGUCAUGACCACAGAUGGGAACAGCAUGGUCCGGAAAGAGCUCCUGAUAUUCUUUUCGACUUUUAUUUGCCGUUACAAAUCCAAGUUCCUAGUUGCGGCGUUUGAGCACGUCUCAGAAGACACGCCCUUGGGCAUCCACAACCAGAACCGCCUAGAGCACCUCCGCCAGGAUGAAGCAAAAGAAAAGCGCCUCGACCAGCAACGAAAAGACGAUGUGAAAAGUAACGGGGAUGGCUUCCACACCAUGCCUGAAGAUCAUCACAGCGACGGCUUAUACAUGAAAGCUAAAUCAUCUGCUUCGGGCACGUUACCGCCUCCCAGCUUUUGCUCCCAGAACACAAUAUACGCUGCGAUUUGGCGGGAAGUGUUGGUGAUGUCAGUCGAUCCCCACCCGGAGAUAGCUAGGGAUGCUGGGGCUGUUGUUGAUGAUAUCCUUCUGUCGCUCCUGGACUCUCCUCUGGCUAGAUUCGUGCAGCCACACUUGGAGGAGAUACUUCGGAACAACCCUGUUCCUCGUCCUAAGCGGAAAACUCACGAGGAGAAACCGGCUCAACCGCCGCCUACUCCCUCAACUCCAACCAAGGAACCAAGCUACCUGAAUCUGAUGGGCUCCUUGCGCCGCACCGGUAGCGUGGCAGCGUCCCUCAAGAAUCUUUGGCGUGGACAUGAGCCUCCAACUUCGCCACAGAAGCCUCAUGAUUCCGCGAGCAGCGACGGUGCACAGACUCCUGUCACUGACACGCGACCUAGCACGCCUGACCGCCUGCAGACCUUGGAAGAGCCAAAGACAAGGGGAUUCGAGCCUAGAGACCUAGCGGUGGUGCCUGAGCUUCCUUUGAAGAGCGUGUUUUACGAGUGGUCUGUCGAAUAUUUCCGCGAGCCACAAAUGAAACCUACGGAGGCGGAUGAGCCUGGCAGCACGGACUAUAACGGUCGACUCUGGCGGCGUAACCGCAACGACAAGAUCAUCGCGGAAACCCAGCCUUUAAAGGAGCUUGCCGUCCAAGGAACUUGGGAAACCAACAUAAGUGUGUUUGACAACCUCAGGCAACCCUUGAAGAUGUGUUUUCACCAGUUUGAGGACCAUCUUCUUGUGACGGACAAUCAGAACACGGUCAAUGUCUUUGAUUAUUCGAAAUCGCCACGUAGAAUCAAUUCGUUCUCCAAUGGCAACCCGCGUGAAUCGAGAAUCACUGAAGUCCGCUUCAUCAACGAGGAUGACCAGGCUCUUCUGAUGACGGGCUCUUCCGAUGGUGUCAUCAAGAUUUUCCGCAACUAUGAUACCAGAGCAAAGACGGAGCUCGUCACAGCGUUCCGUGCGUUGACCGAUCUUGUGCCUAGCAACAAGAACGCUGGGCUCGUCUUUGACUGGCAGCAAGGCCGUGGUCUAAUCCUGGUGGCAGGAGAUGUCAGAGUCAUUCGUGUAUGGAAUGCCGGCACGGAGAUCUGUACAAGUGAUAUUCCUGCCAGGUCCGGGUCGUGCAUCACUUCACUUACAUCCGAUCAAGUCGAGGGUCAUGUAUUCAUUGCGGGCUUCGGCGACGGUGCGGUCCGUGUAUACGAUCAACGGCAGAAGCCAGCGACUGCCAUGGUGAAAGUGUGGAAGGAACACAAGCAAUGGAUUACCAACGUACAUCUGCAGCGUGGAGGCCAGCGUGAGUUAGUCAGUGGUUGUCGUAGCGGCGAAGUCAAACUGUGGGAUAUCCGAAUGGAUCGAAGCGUGAAGACUAUCCAGGCGACGAGAGACACCCUGAGGACGCUCAGCGUGCACGAACAUGCGCCGGUAUUUGCUACAGGUACCCAGCGGCACCAGGUGAAGGUCUUCAACCUCCAUACGGGUUUGACCAACUCGCACUUCGAGCCAUACACUGGCUUCCUUGGCGACCGUUCAGCAGCUAUAUCGGCGACAGUGUUCCACCCACAUCGUCUGCUCAUUGCUGCUGCUGCGUUGCACGAUAAUCAUGUCAACAUCCACGCAUGCAUUGACAAGAAUAGGCCGUCCAAGACGGUCAAGGUAUGGGAGGGCCCUCACUCUACGGGGUAG